AAAUCAAAAUAAAGAAUCAACAUCAACUACAGAUGAGGAGACAGAAUCAACAUCAACUACAGAUGAGGAGCAAGAAUCAACAUCAACUACAGAUGAAGAGACAGAAUCAUCAUCAUCUACAGAUGAGGAGACAGAAUCUACAUCAACUACAGAUGAGGAGACAGAAUCAACAUCAUCUACAGAUGAGGAGACAGAAUCUACAUCAACUACAGAUGAGGAGACAGACCCACAGAACAGAGAUCAGAGGAUGAGUUUUAGUUAUUUAUCUCAGCUCAAAACAAACAUGAGACACACAGGAGAGAAGCCUUUUUCUUGUAUAGAAUGUGACAAAAGUUUUAGUCAAACAUCUCAUCUUAAAUCACACAUGAGAUCUCAUACAGGAGAGAACCCAUUUUCUUGUGUAGAAUGUGAUAAACGUUUUAGUCAUGUGUUUACUCUCAAAAAACACAUGAGAACUCACACAGGAGAAAAGCUUUUUUCUUGUAUAGAAUGUGAUAAACGUUUUAGUCAUGUGUUUACUCUCAAAAAACACAUGAGAACUCACACAGGAGAAAAGCCUUUUUCUUGUGUAGAAUGCGAUAAACGUUUUAGUGAUUCAUCUAGUCUCCAAAAAAGCUUGAGAACUCAUACAGGAGAGAAGCCUUUUUCUUGUAAAAAAUGUAAUAAAAGUUUUAGUUUUGUAUUUAAUCUCAAAACACACAUGAGAACUCACACAGGAGAGAAGCCUUUUUCAUGUAAAGAAUGUGAUAAAAGUUUUAGUGAAAAAUCAAAACUCAAAAUACACAUGAGAACUCACACAGGAGAGAAGCCUUUUUCAUGUAAAGAAUGUGAUAAAAGUUUUAGUGAAAAAUCAAAACUCAAAAUACACAUGAGAACUCAUACGGGAGAAAAGCCUUUUUCUUGUACAGAAUGUGAUAAACGUUUUAGUCAAUUAUCUAAUCUCAAAAACCACAUAAGAACUCAUACAGGAGAAAAGCCUUUUUCUUGUACAGAAUGUGAUAAACGUUUUAGUGAAAUGUCUAGUCUCAAAAAACACAUGAGAACUCACACAGGAGAAAAGCCAUUUUCUUGUAAAGUAUGUAAAAAAAAAUUUAACCAAACAUCCAGUCUCAAGACACACAUGAAAACACAUUAAAGGGGACUACCAUUUUCAUAUAAAGAAUGUGAUAAACAAUUUUAGUUCUGUAUCUAGUCUUUUUGUGUAAACAAUAUAAAAAAAGUUUUAUCGAUGUAUUUAGUCUCAAAUCACCCCUUUUUUGUGUAAAGUAUUUGCCAAAAGGUUUAGUGAUGUAGUUGACCUUAAAACAGAGAACUCAUGCAGAAGAGAAACUGACCUGAGGUCAGCUAUUAAACCAUCCUGAUCUUUCAUUAAAAUGUAUACAGGCUGAUGGGCUCCAGACCACAUUGAUGCAGUUAUUUAGUAAUAAGGAGGCAGAAGUGAUUAUUGGAUGCAUUGAACUGAAACCCUUCUUUUUUAUUCUUCUGACUUAAAAUUGUAAUUUUUAAGACAUUGUUUUUAGGUGUUUGUCAUCUAUAAGCCACUAUGCUCACAUAUCUCAAAUCAGGGAUUGUUUAAUGAUUCUAAACAUCAUGAGUUUCACUUUUUAAGUUAUUUAACUUCAUGAAAUUAAUUCUUUUAGAUAUACCGCUAAAUAGAAAUGUGCUGUUUUGAAUUAUGAGGGUAAGAUUUGAUUUUUUAAAAAUGCUGAUUCUGUUCAAUUUUUGUUGGUUGAUUUUUCCUAGUAGAAUUUUGUACUUUAUGUUAUUGUUAAAAGUUUUUGAGUUAACCAUUGUGGUUGUUGUUUAUGUCAGGGACACUGACAGACGAAGUGUGUAUUAUUCUACACCUUGGAAGCCCGAUCUGUUUCUUCUGCAAAGUGCGUUAAUUUCUCAUAUUGCACACUUUGAAGGCCAUUAACCUGCUCACACCAUGGUCACUUACAAAAGAAAGAAAUAUUCAAUCCGUUUUUAGUACUUUCUUCUUGUUAUUUUUUGGAUUUAAAUUGCGUUUUUCUCAAAAAGCGGACUAUUUGUUACGUGAUGUGGCACAUUUUUCACUGUAACAUAAUGCACCGGUGGGGCCAGCACUGACUUUGACUACAGCUGCAAAGGAAAGGGAUAUCUAUGCCAUCACGAUGUGUUAAAUAAAAUCAGUUCAGAGAUAAAGUUCACCUCUUAGUGCUUGUUUUUGUCAAUAUGAUUAAGCUAAAGGUUGUGGUAAAGAAGCCAGCGCAGUGAUGUCGAAUAUUGAAGCUAUGUGACCGGAACUUCUUUUUAGGCGUGCAAUUAUCACUGUGGAUUAUCACUUUUUAAUCUAUACCCAGCAGCCAAUCAGAAUCAAGUAUUUACCCGGACCAUGGUAUAAGCUAUAACUAUGUUGUCUAAGUCUUUGUGUUACCAUGACGAAACUAGAAUUAUUUUAUACUGUACAUCUCUAAAUCUAACACUAUAUGGUUCAUAAAUAUUUCGGUAUUGUUUAAAAUAUAAAAUCAUAAAGAACCAGACUGGUGUUUGUGUCUGGUCUUCUUGUGAUUCAUCUUUUCUUGUAGACAUAAGAACUGUUCCUCUGUUCUUUUUGGUUCUAAGUGUUCUGUUCCAAUCUUUAGUGUGAAGAAUAAAGUGGACGUGAACAUCA